AUGAGUCAAGAAGCUGAAAAUCAAAUUGAUAUAGUUUCUGUAUUAUCAGAAAUCAUCCGUAAAUUUGAGCGAUACAAUUCCGCUGUAGAAACAAAGACCACUGAAUCACAGGAAGUUGCUCAAAGGGUUGUUGAAUUACAAAAGAGAAUAAACGAAGCUCGAGAACAGGUCAAACUUAUUCCAGGAAUUGAUCAGUCAAAGCCUCAACAACUGGAGCAUUUGGAAAAUCUUAAAAAACAACUUAUUCUUAAACAAGAGCUGAUAAACAAAUACAAGCAAUACAACUUCUAA